AGGUCUCCAGAAGCUUUGGAAAGAGAAGUAGGCAGCCCUUCCUGAGUUCUCCUGGCUCCUCUCCCCUUUCCAUUCCUCUCUCCCUUCCCCCAUCCACCCACCUGAACUGAGUAUAGGCCAGAGCUCCUCUCUUCCUUUCCCCUCCUAGACACUUACUGGCCAGGUCCUAGUUCCUACUACUCUGUGCCCAAAGAUACUGGAACCCACUUCAUCUAAACAACUGGGGGGAGGUGUCUUCUUGACUCCACAAGUCCUUGAGCAAAAGGCUGAAAAAGAAGCAGGGAGUGGCAGAGAUCAGGUGAAGUGCCCCCAAGCCCCAUCAUGGAAGAGGGCUUCCGAGACCGGGCAGCUUUCAUCCGUGGGGCCAAAGACAUUGCCAGGGAAGUCAAGAAGCAUGCGGCCAAGAAAGUGGUGAAGGGCCUGGACAGAGUCCAGGACGAAUAUUCCCGCAGAUCCUACUCCCGCUUUGAGGAAGAGGAGGAUGAUGAUGACUUCCCUGCCCCCGCUGACGGCUAUUACCGUGGGGAAGGGGCCCAGGACGAGGAGGAAGGUGGUGCAUCUAGUGAUGCCACUGAAGGCCACGACGAGGAUGAUGAGAUCUACGAGGGGGAGUAUCAGGGUAUCCCCCGGGCAGAGUCUGGGGGCAAGGGUGAGCGGAUGGCAGAUGGGGCACCCCUGGCUGGAGUCAGGGGGGGCUUGAGUGAUGGGGAAGGCCCCCCUGGGGGACGGGGGGAGGCACAGCGGCGGAAAGAACGGGAAGAACUGGCCCAGCAGUAUGAAGCCAUCCUACGGGAGUGUGGCCAUGGCCGCUUCCAGUGGACACUCUAUUUUGUGCUUGGUCUGGCGCUGAUGGCUGAUGGUGUCGAGGUCUUUGUGGUGGGCUUCGUGCUGCCCAGUGCUGAGAAAGACAUGUGCCUGUCUGACUCCAACAAGGGCAUGCUGGGCCUCAUUGUCUACCUGGGCAUGAUGGUGGGAGCCUUCCUCUGGGGAGGUCUGGCUGAUCGGCUGGGUCGGAGACAGUGUCUGCUCAUCUCGCUCUCAGUCAACAGCGUUUUUGCCUUCUUCUCAUCUUUUGUCCAGGGUUAUGGCACUUUCCUCUUCUGCCGCCUCCUUUCUGGGGUUGGGAUUGGAGGGUCCAUCCCCAUUGUCUUCUCCUAUUUCUCGGAGUUUCUGGCCCAGGAGAAACGUGGGGAGCAUCUGAGCUGGCUCUGCAUGUUUUGGAUGAUUGGUGGAGUGUACGCAGCUGCCAUGGCCUGGGCCAUCAUCCCGCACUACGGGUGGAGUUUUCAGAUGGGUUCUGCUUACCAGUUCCACAGCUGGAGGGUCUUUGUCCUCGUCUGCGCCUUUCCUUCUGUGUUUGCCAUUGGGGCUCUGACCACGCAGCCUGAGAGCCCCCGUUUCUUCCUGGAGAAUGGAAAGCACGAUGAGGCCUGGAUGGUGCUGAAGCAGGUUCAUGACACCAACAUGCGAGCCAAGGGGCAUCCUGAGCGAGUAUUCUCAGUAACCCACAUUAAGACGAUUCAUCAGGAGGAUGAGUUGAUUGAGAUCCAGUCAGACACAGGGACCUGGUACCAGCGCUGGGGGGUCCGGGCCUUGAGCCUGGGGGGACAGGUUUGGGGGAAUUUCCUCUCCUGUUUUGGUCCAGAAUAUCGACGCAUCACUCUGAUGAUGAUGGGCGUGUGGUUCACCAUGUCAUUCAGCUACUAUGGCCUGACUGUCUGGUUUCCCGACAUGAUCCGCCAUCUCCAGGCGGUGGACUAUGCAGCCCGUACCAAAGUGUUCCCUGGGGAGCGUGUGGAGCAUGUGACUUUUAACUUCACACUGGAGAAUCAGAUCCACCGAGGGGGGCAGUACUUCAAUGACAAGUUCAUUGGGCUGCGUCUGAAGUCAGUGUCCUUUGAGGAUUCCCUGUUUGAGGAGUGUUAUUUUGAGGAUGUCACGUCCAGCAACACAUUUUUCCGCAAUUGCACAUUCAUCAACACUGUGUUCUAUAACACUGACCUGUUUGAGUACAAGUUUGUGAACAGCCGUCUGGUAAACAGCACAUUCCUGCACAACAAGGAGGGCUGCCCGCUAGACGUGACAGGGACAGGUGAAGGAGCCUACAUGGUGUACUUUGUCAGCUUCUUGGGAACGCUGGCUGUGCUUCCUGGGAAUAUCGUGUCUGCCCUGCUCAUGGACAAGAUUGGCAGGCUCAGAAUGCUUGCUGGCUCCAGCGUGAUGUCCUGUGUCUCCUGCGUCUUCCUGUCUUUCGGGAACAGUGAGUCAGCCAUGAUUGCUCUGCUUUGCCUUUUUGGGGGGGUCAGCAUUGCAUCCUGGAACGCGCUGGACGUGUUGACUGUUGAACUCUACCCCUCAGACAAGAGGACCACAGCCUUCGGCUUCCUGAAUGCCCUGUGUAAGCUGGCAGCUGUGCUGGGGAUCAGCAUCUUCACAUCCUUCGUGGGAAUCACCAAGGCUGCCCCCAUCCUCUUUGCCUCAGCUGCCCUUGCCCUUGGUAGCUCUCUGGCCUUGAAGUUGCCUGAGACCCGGGGGCAGGUGCUGCAGUAAGGGGGUCUCUAGGGUUUUGGGGGUGGCAGGCACACUGUGAGACCAACAACUCCUUUCCCCUCCCUGCCCUGCCAUCCUGGCCCCCAGAGCCCUCACACCCCACUCUCACGUCGGGUGUCUUAGCUGUGCGUGCGUGUGUGUGUGCAUGUGUGUGACCUCUGUGGGCAGGGACUCCAGGGAAGGCUCUUUCAUCCCAGGGUUGGGAUGAAGCUCUACUCCCCACCUCCUACUACCCUUGACUCUGCACAAGAGGUUGAGCCCUACCCUUCCCCCCAGUGUUAGAGAGGGGCUCUUGCUUCCCUGCUCCGGGGGUUCCAGAAGAGGCUUCUUGCCUUCCCCCUCAUUCCCUCUGCCUUGGCCCUGGUGAAACCACAGGUAUGCAGUUAUGCUGGGGGCUGGGGCUUGCGUGUAGACCAUGGACCAAAAGAACUUCUUAGUGUCAGAAGGGUCUCAGGUGUCCUCUCACACCUCCCUUUGGAUGCUGGGGGAGUAGCAAUAAACUUCGGCCCCCUGGCCUCCACUUCCCCUCAAUUUGGGCUGCAAAUAUGAAGCCUGAAUUUUAUGAAAUUAAUUAGCUUCCUGAUUCUUACUUAUUUAUAUAUUAAUUUCUGAGGCAGCUCAGCAGGACUCUGUGUGUGUGUGAAUGUGUGUAUACUUAUGUAUGAAUGUGUUUGUGCCAUGGGGUGGGGGUGUCACUAUACCGUCCAAAAAUAUAAGCCAAGGGUAGUUUCAGCGUGCACACACACACACACACACACACGCACGCACGCAUGCACGCACGUACACACACAUACACACACCCCUGCUUCCCAUGGUACCUCUGCUAAUCUUGUUUCUGUGUUGGGCCUGGGAGGGAGGAGCCCUAGGCCAGGCUGGGUAAGAGUCCACAGUGCAGCAAGAUCUGAGGAGACCUGACAGAGCCCAUCUCUUUCCCUCAACUGUGGAGUGAGAGGCUCCACUCACUACAGCACAGACAGGCGCAGCACAGGUGCCCUUCCACGCCCUCAACCUGUCUCCUCACAGGCAGGGGAGCGGGGGAGGGAAAGAAAACAGGCACAUGGUCAAACCAGCACAUCAGAAAGCACAAGGAGCUGGGACAGGGGCAGGGGCAACAAGCAGGAGACCUGCUGACAACUCCUCUAAAAGUGGGGAGAGGUUGGGCAGUAAGUGAGGGAUCCCUAAUGCAGGGACCAGAAGCCUCAGUUUCCCUAUCUCUCCUUUCCACACAACAGCUUCUGUAGGUUAAGCUGCCCCUGUCCCACUCUACUCUCUGUGGCUGCUUUCCUUGGUGCCCUCCUCCAACCCCUAUCGUAGUGGUGAUGUGUUGUAGUUUUUAGCUGUUUGUAAAAUGUUUAAAAAACGUUAAAAGAAAAAAAAUGAAAAUAACAACAAAAAAGAAAAUCCAAAUUCACCCUCCUCACGCUGCGUCUGGUGCCCCCAUCCAGUCACUCCCGGCUCCCCUCUCCUCCACCCCCAUUUUGUAACACUGAACCAGGUGGUGACUGUUUUACUUCUUUGGUGUCUGUGCUCAAAGGACUGCCUUCUCCUCCAGUGCCGUGUAUGAGUGUGUGCCUUCUCCCUUCACUAUUUACUUGCUGGACGUAGCCCUCUCCCCUCUUCCCCCAAGAGGGCCCCAUCCAUCUCCCUUGCUCUCCUGGGGAACCCUCAACCCAACUCUGUUGAUGUGAAAAUGAAAUGAAAAAUAAACAGGAAACAGAUCCUUAAAAUCCAAAA